CUGGCAUGAACAGCACUCCCAAGCUGCUCCCUCCAGUGUUCAGAGGUGCUGAGGUCUGGACUGCAGACAAGCCAUCCUAUCCACUCCCAAAUACUGGAGUCAGUUUCUGAUGAACCCCACUCUGCAGGCUGCAGCAGUGGCAGUCUGGUGGGUCGAGUUCGGUCACCAACAGUAGAGAUGUGGGACUUCCUCUGUUUGCAGAAUCACACAUCUGUAUUCCUGGAAUUAGAUCUUUAAUUUUUAGCCCUUAAUGAUGACAUGUUUUUUUGGUGGUUUCUUUUCUCAGUUAUGGGUAUUUUUUUGAAAACACUGUAGAAUAUAUUUUAUUGUAGUUGUCCAAAGUAUUAUUAUUUGUAAUUUAGUUGGUGGGUUGAACAUUUCUUGGUUUGUGGCUCACUUGUUUUGACUAUUGUCAGAUUUCAUGAUGAUGAUCCGUCCUGUGCAGCAGCGUGAUGCUGAGCGGAUGAACCAGGGACCCGGAGGGAAGGAGGCAGGCGGAGAGAGGAUCCUCCUGAAAGAAAGAGACGAGCCGCAGCACCGAUGCUGCCUUCACAAGCGCUGGGAUCCCUGGACUGCCAGCGGCUGCAGAUGGGUCUUCGUCGGGCUUCAAUCAAAUCGUCAAGUUGGAGGAAAUAGGAGAACCAAAGCUUGAGCUGUAAAUGUGUCAGCAACAGAGGACUCAGUAUGAAGAAGUCGGCCCGGCCAGCGGCGAGUAAGGUCAGCGGGGAACGAGGGAAAUCAGAGGCUGCCGGCGCCGGAAAGUCCUCCGCCAAAAGUGUCAGCGCUGCACCUCUGAAUAAGGUGAAAAGCAAUGAUGAUCUUUUAGCGGCCAUGGCCGGAGGGAAUCCUGCCACUAAGACCAAGAAGACUGGCUCCAUUGGAAGUAGUUCUACCAACCAAGAAAACAAGCCAAAAACUACAUCAGGGUCUCUGUCCAAGCGUACAUCAACGACUUCCAAGGAACCAAAUUCUUCACGAGAUCGCCUUCGGACAUCAAGAGGUUCAGCUGCUAAGAAGCAGUCGGCAUUGGGCAGCGCAUUGGGGGAUGUGUCCUCGGGGAAACGCUCCCGGAACCAGACGGUGGCCGAAUCAGACGGCCGCAUGAGCAAGUCCAAAUCAGACGGCCAGAUCAGCGAUAAGGUCGCUCUGGAAGCCAAGGUGAAAGACCUGGUGGGUCUGGCUAACAGCAAAGACGUGGAGAUCCUCCACCUCCGCAGUGAGCUGAGGGACAUGAGGGCACAGUUGGGUUUGGGGGAACAGGAGGCGACGUCUCAGGAGCAGGAGGAAGAGGAGUCCAGGGAGGAAGAGAAGCCCCAGGUGUCAGCCAUCACAGCUGCUGAUGUGGAGUCCACUCUGAUCCUCUUACAAGAACAAAACCGAGCCAUCCGAGAGGAGCUGAACCUGCUGAAGAGCGAGAACCGCAUGCUGAAGGACCGGCUCAACGCGCUGGGCUUCUCCCUGGAGCAACGGCUGGACGGAACCGACAAGCUCUUCAGCUAUCCGUCCUCCCUGAGCCCGGACCUGUCGGCCAGCGCCGCGCACGGUGACACGGCCAGCGCCGGCGCGCUGACAUCCUCGGUGGAGGGCUCGGCCCCCGGCUCCAUGGAGGACCUGCUGACGGGUCACCAGCACGGCGGCUCGGCGGACAACCUGGACAGCGAGUCCAGCGAGGUCUACCAGGCCGUCACGUCCAGCGACGACGCCCUGGACGCCCCCUCCGGCGCGUCCUCCUCGUCCGAGUCGGAGUGCGCCCCGGGUGCAGUGGCGGCGCGCUCGCGCAGGGGCAGCAGCGGCGACACCAGCGAGGUGUCGGUGGCCUGCCUGACGGAGCGCAUCCACCAGAUGGAGGAGAACCAGCACAGCACGGCGGAGGAGCUGCAGGCCACGCUGCAGGAGCUGGCCGACCUGCAGCAGAUCACCCAGGAGCUGAACGGGGAGAACGAGCGGCUCGGCGAGGAGAAGGUCAUCCUCAUGGACUCGCUGUGCCAGCAGAGCGACAAGCUGGAGCUGUACGGCAGGCAGAUCGAGUACCUCCGCUCGCUGCUGGACGAGCACCACGUCGCCUACACGCUGGAGGAGGACAUCAAGAGCGGCCGCUACCUGGAGCUGGAGCAGCGCUACGGUGACCUGGCAGACAACGCCCGCUUCGAGAGGGAGCAGCUGCUGGGCGUGCAGCAGCACCUGUCCAACACGCUCAAGAUGGCCGAGCAGGACAACGCCGAGGCACAGGAGAUGAUCGGUGCGCUGAAGGAGCGCAACCACCAGAUGGAGCGCAUCGUGGAGUCGGAGCGGCAGGACCGGGCAGCGCUGGAGGCGGCGCUCGACGAGUACAAGGCGGCAGUGAGCAGCGACCAGGCUGAGCUGGGCCGCUGCCGGGCGCAGCUGGAGCAGGAGAGACAGCGGGUGGCAGAGCUGUACUCGCUGCACACGGCCGGCGACAAGAACGACAUCUGCCAGCUGCUGGAGGGCGUGCGGCUGGGGAAGGAGGAGGCGGAGGCCAAGGCGGCCAAGACGCAGGAGGAGCUGGAGCGGGCGCACGGCGAGCUCGGCCGGCUGCAGGAGGCCUUCAGCAAGCUGGACAGUGAAUACCGGGCUUUCCAGGAGCAGGCGCAGCGGCGGAUCGCCGAGCUGGAGGGCGCUCUGGAGAAGCGGCGCGUGGAGCUGCAGGAGAAAGAGACGGAGAUCGGCGACAUGAAGGAGACCAUCUUUGAGCUGGAGGACGAAGUGGAGCAGCACCGAGCCCUGAAGCUCCAUGACAACCUCAUCAUCUCGGACCUGGAGAACUCUGUGAAAAAGCUGCAAGAUCAGAAGCAUGACAUGGAGAGAGAGAUCAAGACUCUUCAUCGCAGACUCAGGGAGGAGUCGAUGGAGUGGCGCCAGUUCCAGGCCGAUCUGCAGACAGCCGUGGUCAUCGCCAACGACAUCAAGUCCGAGGCGCAGGAGGAGAUAGGAGACCUGCGGCGCCGCCUGCAGGAGGCGCAGGAGAAGAACGAGAAGCUGAGCAAGGAGCUGGACGAGGUCAAGAGCCGCAAGCAAGAGGAGGAGAGAGGCCGAGUGUACAACUACAUGAAUGCGGUGGAGCGGGACCUGGCGGCCCUCAGGCAGGGGAUGGGUCUCAGUCGGAGAUCGUCCACCUCCUCAGAGCCGUCGCCCACCGUGAAGACGCUCAUCAAGAGCUUCGACAGCGCCUCGCAAGGCCCGCCCACUAAUGGCGCCGCCGUCGCUCCGACUGCCGUCGCUCCGACUGCCGUCGCUCCGACUGCCUCCGCUCCACCCUUACCUCGGACCCCACUGAGCCCCAGCCCCAUGAAGACGCCCCCAGCAGCCGCUGUUUCACCCAUGCAGAGACACUCCAUUGCUGGGCCUAUGGCGGCGACCAAACCCCUCUCAUCGCUGAGUGACAAGAGACCCAGCUACUCAGACAUGACCAUGCCAGCUGAGCACCUCCUCAGGGGAGCCCCGACCAGCCGACCCCCUCCUGUCCUGCAGAGGGUCUCCAACAUCGACUCCACCAAGGCCAUUUCAGUGUCGCGGAGGAGCAGUGAGGAGAUGAAGAGGGACAUGUUGGCGUCGGACGGAGCCUCCUCCACCUCCCUCAUGGCUUCCUCCCCCCUCUCCCUGUCCUCCUCCUCCCCCACCGCCUCCGUCACGCCCACCACCCGCAGCCGCCUGAGAGAGGAGAGAAAGGACCCUCUGUCAGCGCUGGCCAGGGAGUAUGGAGGCUCCAAGAGAAACGCUUUGCUCAAGUGGUGCCAAAAAAAGACCGAAGGUUAUCAGAACAUCGACAUCACCAACUUCAGCAGCAGUUGGAACGACGGCCUGGCCUUCUGCGCCUUGCUGCACACCUACCUGCCCGCACACAUCCCAUACCAGGAGCUCAGCAGUCAGGACAAGAGGAGAAACUUCACAUUGGCGUUCCAGGCUGCAGAGAGCGUCGGCAUCAAAUGCACAUUGGACAUCAAUGACAUGGUCCACACGGAGCGGCCCGACUGGCAGAGCGUCAUGACCUACGUCACCGCCAUCUACAAAUACUUCGAGACCUGACUCCCGCCCGCAGCGCCUCGCACCCGCAGCAGCACAAUCACAGUCGCGGCCACGCGCCCGGCAGCCGCUCCGACGGCAACUGUUACACCUCACCGCCCCAACCAACCCCGCCACACGCUAUUAGCUGUUAGCUGAGCUGGGGCUCGAUCACACCUUUACCGUUACACUAGUAAGCCAUGAGAAGUCACCGGUGGAAGCCGGGUCUGUGCAGGAUCCGCUCCAUCCCCUGGAGAAAGUCCAGGAGAUCCGUGGUUCAGGAGCCGCAAAAGGAAAACGGCAGUGCCUUCUUGUUGUGGCUUUUGUUGUUUUUGUUUCCAGGAUGUUUAUGAGGAAGCUGUUCCAACCUAAAUUCACUCGGAAAUUCUCUACAUUUCUUUCGUUUGCGUGGAACAUCAAGCGGAGUUUACAUUUCAUGUGUUUGUUUUGGUUUUUUUAUGCCAGCCCGCAUCGUGGCUGGUUGGUUGCCUACGUUUUUUGAAAUACUCCUUUUGGAAACACUUUGGACUUGUUUUGCACCAAGUCUUCCAGACAUGGCAGUAGGAUGCAGAUGCCUCUCUUUCAAUAGAUAAAGUGCCUGUGAGUUUAAUGCGGGAAAACCAGGAAAUGAGCUCUGUGUCGCUUUGUGAAGUUGCCAAAAAAGUAUCAUAGACUUCUAGUUGUUUUUUUUGUUUUGUUUUCUCCUGCUAUAACCAGGAUAAAGUGAUGUUAGGAUCUCCAGCUCCAUCACCCUGUAUAAGCCACACUAACUCACUCUUUAUAGAUCUGUGAAAGUUGAUUCAUAUUCAGUUAAAGUUGCAUAAAUAUCCUAACGCUUUCCCUAACGGCUGUGUGACACGUCUCCACGGUUCUCACUCGGCACACGGCGUCACUCCUUCAGAACCAAAGCGUGAGCAGAGUGCCGGCCUCAGCAGAACGUGUUCUGUGGAAAAAUCAGGCCUGGAGUUUGAGGGAAAAGUCUUUGAGUCGUUUGGAUCGAUGCGCGUUUUUCUUUCCUAAUAACUGGAAAGGAUUAACUGCACUUUGUUUGUGUGUGUUCUUAACGCGGGGUUCGGCGCCGGGCUCAGCGUAAACGCCUGACUCGGGCCAAAGGAAAUAAGAAUAAAAAAAAAUCUGCAUACCAGAGCCUCUAAUGAUUAAUAACAUGUUUUGUUUUCUAGUCUGAGCAAUCCCAGCUUGUUCUAGAAGAAGAGUUUGCGAGGCUCCGGCUUCGUAAAGUCAGCGAGGGAGGUGCGGUUUUGCAGAUCGUUGUGCGUUUCUCUUUGGCAGAAUCGUGUUGUAGCUGCAGAGGUUGUACAAGUUAUCAACUGGCCGUAACCUCACACUGCAGACUGAUCUAAUCCCGGAUGGUGAUUAAGCGGCCCAAAUGUCAAAUUAUCCUCUGAACAAGAUGUUUCUUGUGCUGCCCCUAUCUGAUGUCUUUUUUUUUUCUUCUCUUUUUGAUGUUUGUGUUUUUCCUUAGCAUAACUAAUGCACACUCGUGGUGCCGUGUAAAUGCCGUUUAUUCCCUCAAAAUCCAGCCUGCCGCCGUUUUGUCAGGCCGUCUGACUGCUGUGUGCUGCCUGUGCCUCACAUACAAAGUUAUUAUUUUAUUUAUUUGCAUAGUUUUUAUGAAGUCAUUACUUGAGUGUCUUACCUAUCUAUGAAGUUAUUGCACACACAGUAAGUAGUUGCACUGAGAUAAGCUUUUUUUUUUCGGUUUUUCGUUCUUUGUGUGCCACGUUAAUGUUCUUGCCUUAAGAGUCUGACCAAGUCCUGCGCUACUGACAGUUGGACACCGGAUUUGAAAGGACGUCCUGAAACAUGCUCGGCUUCGUCUUUUGCCUUAUUGAGAAACUGACAAUUAUUGUGUUGGGGUUGAAAUCUGUGGCUGUGCAUUAAGGCCAUUGUAAAUGGGGAAAAAUAAAAGGUGUGUAAAUUUCCACCAUAAAAGUUCUGAAAUUUUCUAGGAAAAAAAAUGAAGCUGGGACAUGGCUGAGCUCCACAGGUCAAAACUUUGCGAGGAAAAAAUCUGAGGUUUUGAGAUUGAUCUCGGAAAACUUCCACGAAAGAGCAAGAAAAUGUCUGUUUGAAGAAUUGAACGUUUGCUUGAAGAAACAAGAAUUUUUAGGAUUCAUUUUCUAGAAAAUCUUUGAAAUUUCAUAGUUUGAAAACUCAAGCUUGCUUGAAAAGUUUCUACAAACUCAGAAAUUUCCACGGUUCCUUUCUAGACAUUUUCUGAGAUCGAUCUCAAACUUUGAGGGUCUUUUUGGUAGAAAUGAUCUCUUCCCUUUUUUCUGCCUGCAAUAUCCCAUCAUGAAAAUAAAACACUCCUCUUGUCUCCCUGAUAUAAAAAAAAAGGAAAAGAAAAGAAAAAGGGAGACUACACGGUUUUCAGUCCAACUCUCCAGCGGUAUCGAUAGCAACAAGGAAAAGCACUAUUUUUGCCUCUCGGAUGUGGAGGCUGCGGCGCUUGCCAGGUCUCAUCGCCGCCGAGCGUACAUCUGCUUUAGACAUUCAGCGAUUUAAAGAUAGCACAAGAGCCUCCAACAAUGGCUGCUUCUGCUCCACGCGCGUACAAGAUGGAGCGAGUUAUUUACUGGCCUUGGAAGGAAUUGGCUUCUUUUCGUGUGUGUGUGUGUGUGUGUGUGUGUGUGUGUGUGUGUGUGUGUGUGUGUGUGUGUGUGUGUGUGUGUGUGUGUGUGUGUGUGUGUGAGAGAGAGACAGCGUGGUGCUGAUUAUCAGUCUAAACUCUAAAGUUUAUUGUGGCGUGUUUUAAUUCCACCGCCGGUGUUUUACUGCUCCUGACAGGAAUCUGUGAGAUUUGAAGCCUCCUCGCAGCAGAAUGUGUGUCUGAUCACGCUUUAUUGGUGCUGGGACUCCUUUUUUUUUUUUUUACGAGGUCCAGCAUGUGCCGACGUGGAGUGAUUGAUGAGCUCUGAGGCUCCGGCCUGCUGAGGAGGGAGCGGACAGCUGGCGAAAGCUCGGAAGCGCAUUCCAGCUGCUGCCGCCGUCCGCGGUGGGCGUGUCGCGCGGUGGGCGUGUCGCGCGGCUUGGGGAACGUUAAGUGAUCCACUUCACGGCGCAUUGUUCUGAACAGGGAGCUGGAUCCUGACGGGUUCGCCGCGCUACGUUUAUGUUCGUUUACUUGAAUCCUUUCGAGAACUCGACCAAACCGGCUCCAGUUUGUCUCCUUUUGUCUCCCACGUUGCCUUCUGUUUGUUCUUUUUUUUGUCCUUUCCAGCCACACAUGUAUUGCUGAACGUCAGUUGUGAAAGUCGAAGCUGAAAGCAUCAGAACUGAGAGUUUGUGCGAGUGUAAAAGCCACUAAGCUACAGUAUUAAGGUCACACUACCAUGAGUUUGUAAGAAAAUGUUCUGUUGUUGUUUUUUGUUGCUUUUUCUCCUGUAGCUAUAAAAGAACGUUGAAAAGUU